AAUGGGAUCCUUAAAAAUAACUUUAGUUACAGUAUUUAUUUUAAGUUGUAAAUUGAGUCAGUUAUCGGCGAGCGAAGGCGAUCGCUUGUACAUAUAUAAAGAUUGUCUCAAACGAUGCAUAUCGAGGAAUUGUGAUGAAAGAUGAAUGCACGUGAAUUACUGUCAGCUGGAUGCAGGCAGGGCAGGACCGGUCAUUUUAGUGAACCUUGGGAGAGGCCUGUGUCCAGCAAUGAAUGCACAGAUGGCCUUUUGUUCAGACAGAAUACAACAAUACAACAGGAUUUCUGGUGUAGGCUCUUCAGUUGGCGAUGCAUAGACGAGUGCAAGUAUCAUUGCAUGUGGUCUGCUGUAAAGAAAUUAGAGAAUGCUGGUCGGCAAGUAGUCAAGUUUCAUGGCAAGUGGCCAUUCAAACGGAUUAUGGGUAUGCAAGAGCCCGCAUCGGUAUUUGCAUCUCUACUCAAUUUGUUAGCAAACGCAUACAUGUAUUCCAAAUUAAGGACGGAGUUUUCAAUCAAAUCGAGACCUAUGGUGUUACUGUGGCAUUUAUUUGCUCUUGUGUGCAUGAACGCGUGGGUAUGGUCUAUGGUGUUCCACACAAGGGAUACUCCGUUCACAGAGUUCAUGGACUACACGUGCGCCCUGUCCAUGGUCAUGGGGCUGUACGUUGCUGCUGUUGUGAGAAUAUUGCAUAGUCAGAAGAAGAUCGUAGCGACGCUGCUGACGGGCUCGUUGCUGUACUUCGCGACGCACGUGCGGCUGCUGGCCACCGGGGUGGUUGACUACGACUACAACAUGACCGUCAACGUUAUCUUCGGCGCGGUGGGUUCGUUUAUCUGGCUGGUGUACGCGGGGUACCUGAGCGCGAGAGGCUCCCGCUACUCGUCGCGCAUGCUGUGGUUCGUGACGUGCUCCGCGGUCGUGCUGCCGCUGGAGCUGCUGGACUUCCCGCCGGUCCGCCGCGCGUGGGACGCGCACGCCGUGUGGCACCUCAGCACCGCGCCGCUGCCCCUGCUCUUCUACCAAUUCGUGAUUGAAGAUCUCCGUUAUACGCAGAGCAGACAAGACAAACUUUUGUAAAAACCGUAACAAUGUAACUUUAGUCUGUUGAUUUUUAAAUAAAACAGAACUUAAUCCACUACGAAGUGCUAUGUGUACUAUUUGAGCAUUGUUACUGAUUCAAUAAACGAGAGCUCUCGCAAA